AUGGCGGCCCUGCGCUUCUCCGUGGAGUGGUACGCCCGAUGGUUUCCUUUGACGCAGACGGGCAUUUGGAAGGUGUGGCUAUGUGAGUUCUGGCUGCUACUGCUGGGUUCCGGUUUGAACGCGAAUCUUUUGCCUGACGAGGAGGACGUAAGGUUUAUCAAUGAGUACGUGAACCUCCACAAUGAGGUCCGGGGCAACGUCUUGCCCCGAGCGGCUAACAUGCGCUUCAUGACUUGGGAUGUAGCUUUGUCACGGACUGCUAGAGCAUGGGGGAAAAAAUGUGUGUUUGAGCGUAAUACUCAUUUAGAAGAACUAUAUAUGGCCCAUCCUAAAUUUAAUGGUAUUGGUGAAAAUAUAUGGGUCGGCCCUGAAAAUGAAUUUACUGCAAGUAUUGCUAUCAGAAGUUGGUUUGAGCAGAGGAAAAAGUACGAUUUUGAAAGGAACAGUUGCUCUGAUAACUGUUCUAACUAUCUACAGCUUGUUUGGGACAGGUCUUACAAAGUUGGUUGUGCUGUUACUCUAUGUUCAAGUAUUGGACGCAUUAAACAGGCAGCACUUUUCAUAUGCAACUAUGCACCGGGAGGAGGUCUGUCAAGAAGGCCUUAUCAACGAGGAUUAAUGUGUUCUCAAUGUGACGGCUAUGACAGAUGCACAGAUUUUCUAUGCAGCAAUGCAGAUCGUGACCAAGCCAUAUAUUACCGAUAUUGGUAUCCAAGAUGGGAAGUACCCCGGCCAAUUGUGUGUGAUCCACUGUGCUUAUUGGUUUUAUUAGUGAGAAUGCUGUGUUUUUCACUCAGUGCCACAAUUGUCUUGAUAAUACAGUCUUAUUUUCCAAAUAUAUUAGUGGAAGAAGAGAUGGUUUUUACCCCUGUGGAAACUGGGUCAGCAAAAGAGGGGGGAAAGAAAGAGAAGGAGGUGGAGGAGGAGGAGCAGGAAGAGGAGGAAGAGGAGGAGGAGGAGGAGGAGGAGGAGGAGGGGGGCGGAGAGGAGAGGGAAGAAGAGGAAGAGGAGGAGGAGGAGGAAAAAGAGGAGGGAUAA